CCUUUGAUUCUAGUCCGGCUUGGACCUCAUAACAAACAUAGCCAUUCGUCUAGCUGACAACUUCUACCACGUCAAGGUAUAAAUGGAGCCUUCGAACAUCGUCAAACACUGCGAAAGUAACGGAAGAGAGAAUUAAAAGUUUCCAUAUCGGAAGAUCUGAUGAUGCAUCAGCAGCAGCAUCAUCACCUCCUACGACCCCGCCGACGCUGCGAAGGCACGGCCAUGGGUGCAAUCGUCCUCGAUCUCCGUCCAGGAACCGGCAUCGGUCCCUUCUCUCUCGGGAUGCCAAUAUGCGAAGCAUUUGCUCAAAUAGAGCACCAGCCCAAUAUCUAUGAUGUUGUCCACGUGAAGUACUUCGAUGAGGAACCUUUUAAAUUAGAUAUCGUUAUAAGCUUUCCAGAUCAUGGUUUUCAUCUUCGUUUCGAUCCUUGGUCCCAGAGAUUACGACUUAUCGAAAUAUAUGAUAUCAAACGGCUCCAAAUGUGCUAUGCCACUUCUCUCAUUGGGGGCCCAUCCACUCUUGCUACUUUUGUAGCUGUAUAUGCACUUUUUGGACCAACAUUUCCUGGAAGUUAUGACAAAGACAGAGGUGUCUACAGUCUAUUCUACCCAGGGCUAUCCUUUGCAUUUCCAAUUCCCAGCCAGUAUAAAGAUUGCUGCCAUGAUGGAGAAGCAGAACUACCUCUAGAGUUUCCGGAUGGAACUACUCCGGUUACUUGUCGUGUUUCUAUAUAUGAUAGCUCAACAGACAAAAAAGUCGGUGUUGGGUCCUCAAUGGAUAAAGCAACUGCUCCUCCAUUACCUCCUGGAAGUUUUUACAUGGAAGAGGUGCAUGUUGAGCUUGGGAAGGAAUUAUAUUUUCAAGUUGGGGGCCAGCAUAUUCCAUUUGGUGCUUCUCCGCAGGAUGUGUGGACUGAACUAGGCCGUCCUUGUGGAAUCCAUCAAAAGCAGGUAGACCAAAUGGUUAUUCACUCUGCCUCAGACCCUCGACCGAGGACAACUCUUUGUGGAGAUUACUUUUACAACUACUUUACUCGUGGACUCGAUAUCUUAUUUGAUGGGCAGACUCAUAAAAUCAAGAAGUUUGUUUUGCAUACUAACUAUCCUGGUCAUGCGGACUUCAACUCGUACAUAAAAUGCAAUUUUGUCAUUCAUAGUUCUGACGUCGAGGGAUCUUUUACGGAAGUAAAUUAUUUAAAGAACAAGAUCACUCCGAGCUCAAAAUGGGAGCGGGUAAAGGAAUUUCUUGGGGACUCUGGCCGAGCUGCUAUCCAGACACAAGGUUCUAAGAACAAUCCCUUUGGAUCUAGUUUUGUCUAUGGUUAUCAAAAUAUUGCUUUUGAGGUGAUGAAGAAUGGGCAUAUUGCAACCGUAACUCUUUUCCAGUCAUGAUAAUUAUCAUCCGUAAGUUCAAGUGAUGGAUCCUUCACCCGCUUCUCUGUUUUGAUUGUAUCCACAAACUAUGUAUGCCAAGCAAGCUCAUGGAAAAUCCAUGUGUGAUUUCGUAUCUCCGGAGAGUAACGAACCUGGUGGGAGAAUAUGUCUUGAAUGCAUUUUACUACCAAACCAACACCAUCAUUGGCAAUGAUAAUUGUACAGUAUGUAUAUAACAAGAUCAAAAUAUGUAAAUGACUGUAGAAGUCUUUUAGAGUAUGUAUAGUAUAGUUUACAAACAUAUCCUAUUAUACAACUCCUUGCUGGGGUUACUCUAAGAGAAGCUCGAGCAACUCCAACAAUUUAUCCGAAUGCCGGCCGGUCGAUGAUGAAGAAGCGUAAUUAUGAAUGUAAUACUAUUGAUAAUGCCGUAGACUGCUUUAAUCGGAUGGUUCAUAUGAAGCACUAUUCAACCGUGUUUUCUUUGUGCAAAACUAUGGAGCUGGUAGGUACACAGCAAACGAUCUGUAGUCUGCAGUUGAUUGA